UGAGAAGCCAUCUUUAUUUUCUCCGAGCUCUGUGCCGCUGAUGGGUUCAGAAAGAGGACGGAAUUGAGGACAUCGUAUUUGGACGUAAAUAGUAAACCUUUGCUACACAAGGACAUAUUGUUAGAGUGCAGGAAAUGUUUUCUCUUUCUUAUACGUUCCAGCCGCAGGUAACGAUUCCUUUGAGUCACCUCAUCAAUGCCUUCCAUUCUCUGAAAAGCUCAGCCAGCUCUGUGGGCACAGCAUCAAUUCAGUGUCUUCAGAGAGAGCCUGCACCAGAGCAUGACUUUCAAAGCAGUGAGCCCUCUAUUAUCCUGAGGGAAUUGGGUCUGAACGAUCUGAAAACCAGUCAUCUGGAUGACCUGGUGAACCGACUCCUUCCCGGUGUUUCAACUGAGCAGUGCCUGAGCCACUCUCACUGGAGAACGUCACACGUUUCAGCAAAUUCUUUUUUUCACAAUAAGCAUGGAUUCUCCAGUAGCACUUUGGGUCUGUUGGGCACACCCACACUAUGCAGGCAGCACACACGUCCACUACAGGCAUUUUGCUCAGAUCUUCAGAAUUGGCCAGUUCAGAUCCAGAAUCGUGGCUUUAAAACUCUGAAAACCAAAACCAGACGGCUGCAGUCCGGUAAUGAACGUCACGCAGAAUCAGAUGGAUACACCUCAUCAUUCAUGAAGGGACUUCUGUUUCGAGACAAGAGACCAGAAGUGGAAAGUUUAGACAAACUGAUGAAAAAUAAAAGCAUCCCUGAACCCCAGCAAGAUGCCUUCAAAACUGGAUUUGCAGAGGGAUUCUUGAAAGCUCAGGCACUCACACAACGAACACAGGAUUCUUUGAGAAGAACACGUCUGAUUCUGCUCAUUCUGCUGCUGCUUGGUAUUUAUGGGCUGUCCAGAACCCCGUUUCUAUCUGUGCGAUUCCGAACAACAUCAGGAUUAGAUGCUGCAGUGGAUCCAGUCCAGAUGAAAAAUGUCACAUUUGAACAUGUGAAAGGGGCUGAGGAGGCAAAGAAUGAGCUGCAAGAAGUUGUGGAGUUCCUGAAGAACCCCCAGAAAUUUACUGUGCUUGGUGGCAAGCUCCCUAAAGGCAUCCUCUUAAUUGGACCUCCAGGUACUGGCAAAACCCUUUUAGCCCGUGCAGUGGCCGGUGAAGCGGAUGUACCGUUCUAUUACGCCUCUGGGUCAGAGUUUGACGAAAUGUUUGUUGGAGUAGGAGCCAGUCGUAUCAGAAAUCUUUUCAAGGAGGCAAAAGCAAAUGCACCUUGUGUUAUAUUUAUUGAUGAGCUUGACUCUGUUGGUGGAAAAAGAAUUGAGUCUCCUAUGCAUCCAUACUCGAGGCAGACCAUCAAUCAGCUGCUGGCAGAAAUGGACGGGUUCAAACCAAAUGAAGGGGUCAUUAUUAUAGGAGCAACUAACUUUCCAGAAGCGUUGGACAACGCCCUUAUUCGUCCUGGACGAUUUGAUAUGCAGGUUACAGUCCCAAGGCCAGAUGUGAAAGGUCGGACAGAAAUCCUGAAAUGGUACCUCAAAAAAAUCAAAGUGGACCCUGCAGGCGUUGAUCCAGAAAGAAUUGCCAGAGGGACAGUUGGCUUUUCUGGAGCAGAUCUGGAAAAUCUGGUAAAUCAGGCUGCACUGAAGGCCGCAGUGGAUGAAAAGGACAUGGUGACCAUGGAGGAUUUGGAAUUUGCCAAGGACAAGAUCCUUAUGGGUCCAGAACGCAGAAGUGUUGAGAUAGACAAGAGAAACAAAACCAUCACCGCAUACCAUGAAUCUGGUCAUGCCAUUGUUGCUUUUUAUACCAAAGAUGCUAUGCCCAUCAAUAAAGCCACAAUAAUGCCCAGAGGACCUACACUUGGACAUGUGUCUUUGCUUCCAGAGAAUGACAGAUGGAGUGAAACCAGAUCUCAGUUACUGGCCCAAAUGGAUGUCAGUAUGGGGGGACGGGUAGCCGAAGAACUUAUAUUUGGCAAUGAAAACAUCACCACAGGCAAGUCAGCAAUGUUUUACUGCAUCAGCAAAAAAGGUGCAUCAAGUGAUUUUGAUAAUGCAACCAAAAUUGCAAAGAUGAUGGUGACUAAAUUUGGAAUGAGUGAAAAGCUUGGCGUCAUGACAUAUACUGACACGGCUAAACUCAGCCCAGAAACCCAAGCUGCCAUUGAACAAGAAGUUAGGAUACUCUUAAAGGACUCCUAUGAACGAGCAAAACACAUCCUGAAGAGUCGUUCAAAAGAACACAAGUACUUGGCUGAUGCUUUGUUGACUUAUGAGACUCUGAAUGCCAAAGAGAUUCAAAUCAUCCUGGAUGGAAAGAAUCUGGAACCGAGAUGAUCUUCCUUACGUCGGAUAGGAUUGGGAUGUUUAUCAACAUGAAUGUAAAUAAGCAAUAGAGCAGGGGGUUCCGCUGAAUGAAAUUGUUUGGUUUAUUUUUCUUAAUAUGUGACCUUUAUGUAUACAUUUUAUCCAAUUUUCUUCCUAGGUUUUGAUUCAGGCAGGAAGAGCACAUUUUCUUCUGGUAAAGAUUGCAUUUUUCUUUGCUAGGGUGGUGCUUGUUUUACAAAUACACUUUUGGCAACCUAUGUGAUUGAAUCACAGGUGCUUCCUUGGAAGUUAAAGCAUCUCAGGGCUACAGCCGGCUGAUUUGAGAGAGACUCCUUCACAUUUUCUAGAAUAAAUAUGUGCUCUGUAUUUAUUAUGUUAUGAUGUCAUAAUUCUGUCUCAGAAGUUGAUCUGCAUCUGUCUGUCUGCGGUCAGCUACAGUUAUUCAUUUGUAUUGAAAGGUCUUGCUACCAGCAGUGUUUUGCCUUGACUCCUUGCAUCUGUAUUCAUGAGAGACAAUUGGUCAAUUAACAUGUACAAUAAAAAAUGUAAAUCUGAUUACUUCUCAAAUAUCCUCUUUUGAAAAAGUUGAUGGAAAAUCGCCAUCUGACCAUUUUUGUAUCCAACUGCAAUAGCAAACCUAUUUUUUUUAAAGGACAAAUACCAUACAUGUCUGUUCCAGAAACAGUUGCACCUCAGUUAAAAUAUUCUCAAUCACAUUAGGUAUAUUUGCACUUUAAAAAAACCUUAAUCCAAAUACACUUGUAGUUUUUGCUUUAAAAACACUGUUUACUAAUCAAUCUGUGUGUUUAGGUUAAACAUUUGGUAUGGAUACCACAAGUGCUAUGGUACCCUUUAAUUCCACAGGAAAGUCAGGUUAUAUUCUUAUAAUAAAUGGAAUCUUUGUCCAGAUCCCCCAAAUAAUUGGAAGCAUUAGACUUUGCAGUAUGUCAUGCACUUAGCCUUUCAAAACUUGGGUGACGGAGCUGCAAGAAGUAACAGAUCAUUGGUUAAUUGUGGGUGCUUGGGAGUUGGUCUACUGAAGCAGAUUUAUAAUCAAAAUACUGAAAUAGUAAUGUCUCAGUUAAAAUCCUACUCUACACUUUUUUUUUAAACAAAUUUUAAUAAAAUACAAUGUUAGCUUAAACAACAAAGGUAAAAUUGUAUGUAUAUAGUAAUUAAAACCCUAAUUUAUAUCACACACAACUAAAAUCUCCAUGGUGAUGCAAUGGUCCAGGCUUUCACAAUUAAAGCCUGAUUUUUAUUUAAUUGUAUUUUCCACCAUUUUAAAGCAACAAGUAUUUUAAGCUGUAUUGUUUAAGAAAUGUUUCCCAUCAGAAUAAUCUUAAUGUAAGCUUGCUGUACAUAAUGGACUGAUUUAAAAAUUUAAAUGCAUAUACAUUUCUGCAGUGAAAUAUCCCUUUGCUUGAAAGUUCUUUUUUGUUUCAGUAUGCAUCAUUUGUUUUUUUUGGUGUUCCCUGCAUAAUCUAAUUUGAACGGACUGUAAAAAUAAGCUAAUAAAGUUUAUAACUGUG